CCAUCCAUCCGAUUGGCUCUGGUUUAUUGUCCAACUAAAACGCAGCACAGCGCGCUGAUGCGUACUUCACAGCGCGCGCUCCGCUCUGCUCAGAACAUCGCCGGUGCGUGCUGCUGUUGGCUGCCCGCGCGCGCGCUCUCCCUUCUGUCUCUCCGUGUUUCUCCAUCUCGCGCACCUCCACUUGCAGCCACCUCUUCGCCCCGCACUCCCAGCGACGACCCCAAAAAGAGACGAGACGAGACCAAAGCAAAGCGCAGCGGUGACGGAAUAUAAAGUGGAAGAUGGAGGAAUGAUGAGAGGACGGUGUUCUGGGAGACAGACAGGAGAACCGCUGUCGCAGAGGACGAGGAGGAGGAGGAGGAGGAGAAGGGACGGAGGAGAGAGGGAAGCAGUCACAUCUGCCGUGACUUUGGGGAUUUCUCUCCGGCAAAGUGGGGAGAAAAGGGGGAGACGCCACAUUCUUCGGAUGCCAAAAAUUCACCGUGCGUGAGAGGAAUCAUUAACAUGUGUCGGAAUUACCAUUGUGGGCCAAAAUGUCGAUUGUGGCGACCUUUUGUCGUUUUUCUCUUCUGCAAUUUCGUAAGUUAAGGUAACGUCUGCUUUGACAUAGUUGCGCGCGAGCCCACUGUAUGUCAGCAUUGAAUAAUACUGUUGCCAGGGCUGUUUAUUUUUAUGUUUUAUAUUUGAAGCAUCCUUUGGAAAGUGUUUGGCCUCCCAGGGUGAUUUGUUUUGGGGGUAAAGGAGGACAGUUUUAGGAGGCGAGACCCCCACCUGCUCAUCCCCCCUUACAUAAAUGUUUGCGUGCCGUUAGUGCUCUCGCUCUCGGUCGACCCCCCCUCUCCCUCUGAAUAGGUUGCUGAGUCUCACACGCAGACAGACGCAUCUCACAGGCCUGUACACACAUAGACACAGAAGGACCUGGACAUCAUCUCACGCGCACCCAAACACACAUAUCUCAUGUGCAUACAUAAUUACACAGACAGACCUCACCCCCUUCUCCUCCUCACCCACCCAACCCUCUCACACCCCCCACUAUCUGAUGACUUCCCGGCGUAGAGGUGGACGUGGUACGGAACCGACUGUAGCAUCAUCACCAUCCUCAACACCACCACUGUCAUCACCAGCACCACCAUCCUCCUCCUCCUCCUGCUCCUCUUCCUCACUACCACCAUGUCCUCGUCGUCGCGCAAGAUCUCCUCCGAGUCGUUCAGCAGCUCGGUGGGCUCGGACUGCGGGCUGGAGAGCCCAGGGGGAGACGGAGGGGACGGCGGGCUGGAGCCGGCGGAGGAGAGCCGAGGCUGCCCCUUCUCCUCCUUCCACUCCUCCCACAGAGCGGUGCUCUGGAACGGCCGCAGCCCCGCUGAGAGGUCGGCGUGCCCGGCGGGCGAGGAGCAGCAAGGACCCCACAAGAGGGUCACCAGGAGGAGACGGGUGAACCUGGACUCGCUGGGGGAGAGCCUCAGGCGGCUGACCUCACCCACGACACAGACUGUUCAGGAGGCUCUGCAGAGAACGCUACACUUCUUCAGACAACAAGAGAUCAGGUGUCAGGAAGUCGGCAGUGAGGAGAGGCGAAGAGAGAAGAACGAGGAGAAGUGCCCGUUUCUAGAAAAUUCUGGUUCAGAAGAAGAUGUCCUACAAAUCCUGCAGUACAUGGCCACCAUACUGGGAGUGCCAUUCUGUGAGCUGCGAGAGCAUUUUGGAGAGGAGUUCUUCGGCCUCUGCUUUGAAGAAAAUGAAAGAGUGCUGCGGGCUGUGGGCGGCAACCUCCAGGACUUCUUCAAUGGCUUUGACGCCAUUUUGGAACACAUUCGCACCUCCACGGGGCGCCGUGCCUCAUCAGAGAGCCCCUCCUUCCAGUGCAAGGAUCCCUAUGAAGAGGAGACGGGGAGAAGAAAAUUGGACAAAGUUGGAGAGAGAGAUGGAAAAGGGAAGGUGUUGCUUCUUCAUUGUUUCAACCCUGCCCCUGUUGUUGGAUUGGUCAUGCCGGGGUUAAUCAAAGCUGUUGCCAAGCGGAUCUUUCAUUCAGAAGUUGAGGUGGAAGAGGUGCCACCUCUAACUCCCUUAUUGCCUAAUGAAGAUACAGAACACACAGACGGUGACUCCACAACCCCCACCCCGACUGCGUCCCCCACUGUCUCACCCUCCUCAUCCCCUUCCCCUCCCUCUCCUUUCCCAACCUCUGUUCCUGCAGUUUGCUUGUCCUUCCAAAUCCAGGAGACGAGCCCCCCUUCCCUCUCCUCCCUCCCAAAUUCUGCCUCAGUGAGCACUAAACGCCCCCCACUUUCACUCUCCACCAACCCCAGUGAUCUGCGCAUAGGCCUGGCGACGUUUUGCCGUGCCUUUCCAUUUCACCUUGUCCUGGGGCCUUGCAUGGAGCUACUGCAGCUUGGAGAAGGAUUGAGGAAACAGACUCGCAUUGAAUCUCACCGGGGCCUCUCGUUCAAGGACUUUUUUGAGAUUGUCUCACCCAAAAUGGAUCCUUCGUUCCAGGGCAUCCUGCUGAGGCUUGCAUCCCCAUUUACCAUCCGUACCAGGCCUGACACCACACAAGCUGGCACCAAGGAGAAGGUCAUGGAGUUGAAGGGUCAGAUGAUCCAUGUGCCCGAGUCCUGCUCCCUGAUGUUCCUGGGCUCGCCACGUGUUGAUAAGCUGGAGGAGCUGAUGGGCAGGGGCCUCCAUCUGUCAGAUAUCCCCAUCCACGAUGCCACACGGGACGUUAUCCUAGUGGGGGAGCAGGCCAAGGCCCAGGAUGGACUAAAGAAGAGAAUGGACAAACUUAAGGCCACAUUAGAGCGGACUCACCAGGCGCUGGAGGAGGAAAAGAGGAGAACCGUGGAUCUCCUCUAUUCCAUAUUUCCAGGUGAUGUGGCACAGAAACUGUGGCAGGGCCAGCCAGUGCCUGCUCGCAAAUUCGAUGACGUCACCAUGCUGUUCUCAGACAUCGUGGGUUUUACUGCUGUGUGUGCCCAGUGUACACCCAUGCAGGUCAUCUCCAUGCUGAAUGAGCUUUACACACGAUUCGACUACCAGUGUGGCAUUCUGGAUGUUUAUAAGAUUGAAACAAUAGGCGAUGCCUAUUGUGUGGCAGGAGGACUUCACAAGAAGGUUGAUAGUCACGCGAAGCCAAUUGCACACAUGGCUCUGAAGAUGAUGGAGCUUUCCGAGGAAGUGUUGACGCCUGAUGGGAAGCCUAUCAAGCUAAGGAUAGGUAUCCACACGGGUUCGGUGCUGGCAGGUGUGGUCGGGGUUAAAAUGCCACGUUAUUGCCUGUUUGGGAACAAUGUGACGCUCGCCAGCAAGUUUGAAUCGGGGAGCCAUCCGAGGUGUAUCAAUGUUAGUCCCACAACUUAUCUGUUGCUGAAGGAUGACCGCUCUUUUUCGUUUGUCCCUCGCUCACGGCUGGAGCUACCAGAGAAUUUUCCCAAAGAGAUCCCAGGGACAUGUUACUUCCUGGAGGCGGGGACAUCUCACAGCCACGCCUCAUUGACCAGCUCUCGCUCCGCUCCCCCGGCCUCUAUGAGGAAAGUCUCCUACAGCAUUGGGACCAUGUUUCUAAGAGAAACAAGUUUGUAGGUCCCACACACGGACUAGGAUACACACUUAUGAUGUGAGAGGCUGAAUUUGAACCUGUGAGACAUGCAGGGAACAGAUCACGCGGAUCUUUGGAUAUGCAAAUGUAUUCUGUGAAAACUUGGAUUCAGACCUGUGGGAAGUCCUAUAUGAAUGAAACUUAAAAAAAAUACUCUCAUCAUAGAUGAAAAAGAACAACACACCCUCAUCUCCCCUGAGCAAGGGAGAUAUGGUUCAAAAGACUUGAGGAACAGCAACUAUGCUCAUCUAACGUGGACCCUUCCCCAAGGAUGUGUACUAAUGGGGUCAAUUAGCAGAGAAACCUUAAUAUAAAACUUAGUUAUCUAGCUGGAUUCCUCAGCUCCAUACCUGGUUUCUAGUUCUCUCCAGUUGUCCUCUUUCAAAAACAGUACCUUGACAUGGGUCUACAGGCAACAAUGCUCGGAGAAAACCUGGAGAGACACAUGACCAGUGUUGCACUCAUUAGCAAUGGAAUUGCGCAUUCAGAACAAAUCCACUUUCCGUUAACGAAGUGGAUGCCGAGGUAUGAAGUUGUACGAACUUUUAGAAGAUGGCAACAUUGUCACAAAUGUUUGCUGUGCAUCAUGGCCUCUUGUACAAGGAAGACCAUUACUGAAGAACAAUACAACUCCCCUUCCCUAAAUCAUGUCAUGCUUUACCAAACAUACUUCUAACAUCUGCUGCUCGUUGCAUCCAUCCGACAACGUAGGACCAGUUGGCCGAUGUGUGGAGAGAUGAAUGAGAGGCACAGAUAAGGAGAUAGGUUUGAAAAAGGGGUCAUCAAAGGACAAAUGCCAAAAACACUAGUACUAAGCUGAUCUUAGAGCCUUUUCUGCUUCUAACCCACAGCAAACUAUAACCAACUACAAUCCAGCCAUUUCAUUGCAGGUAAUAUGUUUAGGAUUGAAAAUUAUUCCCAGCUCAGUGCCUUUUUUACUGCUCAAAUCAGGACACAGACGAGAUGGAUUCAUUUUAAAUAUUUGACACAUGGAGCGCUUCAUUUAUCUUAUGUUUUCUCUUGUUUAAGAGAUUUUUAUGACAUUUCUGUGUUGUUAACUAUACUGGAGAGUGUUAGAUUUGAAUGAGAGAAUGACAUGUGCCAAACGUUUUGAACCACAUUUGAAGACAUGAUGUUGCAAGUCGCGGCAGGGCGGCGCCUUAUCCCACCAAGCUACCAAGAGCCCCGACUGUCUUUCAUUUUUAGACAGUCACGAAUGACUGGAAAGAUAAAUCAAGCGCUUCUCAGAUAGUUCAAAUAUUUAAAAUUCUAUUCAUCUGUUUUUUUUUUUUUGGUUUUUUUUUUUGUCCCGAUCAACCAAUAAUACACACAAUAUAGUACUAAUAAUAUAGUACUGUACUAACUUGUACAUCUAGUCACAAUGUGCAUGCUUGACACGGUUCACAUUUACAUACGUAAUUGUUUUUAUUUGCAUUGUUUUCACCACAUGGGUAUAAAAGUAUACACAAGCCCCAUGCAAAUGUAACCAACAGGACGCAAAUUCGAGUUUACCAGUUUGCUGGUAGACUGAGUAUGAUUUACAAAGUGGAAAUCUCAGGCCUUCCAAACAGUAAUAGUACCAAUAGCUUAGUAACCCAGGCACAGGAAAAUAAAUUUUGUUUAAGAGAAUAUCCAUUAACUGCCAUCAUAAAUUAAGAAGUAAAGGAUUAAAGUUGGAUAGCUUUUAAAUAUUUGACAGAUUGGCACAUUUGAAUACUUAAUGUGACUUGCAUUAUAUUGCUGCCAGUGUUGUCUUUGGUUGUUGACAUCACAUAGAUGUGACAUCAGUGACGUACAAACCAUUAACUAGGUUUAUAUCAGUUUGAUUAGCUGGUUGUUACAGGCCCACAGAGAUAACAACAGUAUUUGUAGGAGGUGUUAGUUUCCAUACAGUAUUAUGGUUGUGAUGUUGAUAGAAAUGUUUUUAUUAUCAAAUGAGGUACACAGAUUUGUCAACAUCGUCAAUUCUGAUUUUAAUUUACUAUUAAUGACAAAAUAAGUUCAGAAAUAAUCUAUAGGAUGUUUAAAUUUGACUAAGUGAUACUUCCUGUGCGUGCUUGCCUUCUUGGAGUAAACAAUUCUACAACAACAUGGCUUACAUUACCAACAAAACAACAUCAUAACUAAACUGUUAAAAGCUGCUCUUCAAAAUGGCAGAAUAUAUUUUUUAUUAAUCCAGCAUAUACUCAAGUUCACUUUUAAAUCACAACUCUCCACCAGGAAUGAAAGGAAACCACAUGUUAUAUUUGAUCACAUAUUGCCAAAUGACAUACUGGUUGCUAAACCUCUAGAAGAUCAAAUAAAAUGUGCCAAUUAUAUCAUUAUAUUCUGAGACACCACCAGCACAGGCUAAUCUGGCUCUUUAAGUAGAGGAUUGGGUUUCUUCUGUCUGCUGUGUACAGUAAGUUCAGUUGUUAAAGGGCAGUACCAGCACAUUUUGACAGCCAAACACUUUGUCAACUCACUGGUCUUGGCGGGGUUUCAACAAGAACAUAUGCUGGCUAUAAUAUGUAAAACACAGCUUGUAGGAAAACAUCAGAAGGGUAAUUUACCCAAGACAGGAAAACUAAUGUCCAUCUGGCCGAACGUUACACCCACUAAAGGGCAUUAUGCCCUUAAACUGAGAUUGACACCAGCAUAAUGAAGCAAUGUGCCAUAUAUGAGGAAAGGAUGGGAAAAACAGGGCAGUUAAAAGACUUUGUUUUUACCUGCCAGUGCUGAACCAGAGAUGGUUCACAAGUGCUUGAAAACUUUGGUCAGUAGUCAUUGUUGCCAUAAAGUACUGUCAUCAGAUUUUCUGACAGCAGUAGCAUCUGAAAGCUUGAAACGCUUGCACAUUCACAGCUCGUAAAGGUCCUCAUAAAUCUUAGUAAUGAAAAUAGAUAUUUUUAAGAAUAUUUUUACCAUAUACCCCAGAGUCUUUUACAUAUUUACUGUGAACAAAAAAAGCAAUUCGGCUAUAACCUAUUUUUCAAAAUUGAUUCCUGUCGCUUUAAGUACUAUGCAGUAAAGAG